AUGUGGUUCUCACGGGAGUAUGGGACUGGAGCGCACUUCUUGCAAUGUGCUGUUGGCUAUGCCACUGCCCGUUCGGACUGCAAGAAGGACACUCUACACAAAUCCGCCUUAUUCCCGCACAAGGACCAAGAGCUCCGCUUUGGGUUGGGCCAAGUGGAGGCCUCCUUUGCGGGCGGUUUCUUCCCCUUCCUUCCUGCGGUGAACUAUCACUCCCAGAUGAGUUCUGGGGAGGAUUUGGUUGAACAGUUGCUGCACGUGUACCAGAAGCGUCAGGCCCAUGAGGAACCUUCCAACCUUCGUUUGGAGGUGCUCCCAGAGGCAACUUUCCAUGACAUGUACGUGGGCGAAUGGUCCCAGGUGCCGAUCCAUUUUUGCGAAGGCGAAUGUUUGGGCUACGUCCCGGAGCAAACCAUCUCACAUGCGAAGUCCUUAAGACCCAGCGCCGAGGCCUUGGUCUUCAUCCACGGCUUCAACUGUGAUCUCGCCACUGCGCUGGGCCGAGUGGCCCAAACCUUUUCGUUGGGAAACAUGCCACCACACAUCGUGCCCUUUGUCUUCAGCUAUGCAGGAGGAGCCGAACUCACCUACUUCCAGGCAAGGGCUCGCUUUGCGGAUUAUGGUGCAGACCUCCGGAGCUUCCUGGAGAUCCUGGCGCGCCACUUCACCGAGGUGCACAUCUUGACGCACUCCUGUGGUGCAGAGUUCUUCUUCACCAAUUGGCCGGAGAUUGCGGACUGCUUCACCUUGCGCCGCAGCUCUGUUUCCUCCAGGGUCACUGGAAGGAAUGGAAGGAAUGCCAAACAGCAGCGCUGGGUGGCCAGACAUUCGCGUCGCAUGGACGACGAGGGCAUGCUACACCUGGCCACGCUGACCAUGCUGAAUCCCGACGUCCUCUUCGGCAUGGCGGAGCGGUUGCUCCCGGACAUCCUGCGACGUGCUGAGCACUUCACUGCCUACAGCGACAGCAAUGACGGAGCGCUCUUUUGGAGCGGCGUGGUGCGAUGCCUGCUGUCUGCCGUCACAGGCAACGGUUGCAAGAAGCAGCCCCUUUUGGGGAAGUCGGUGCAGCCACUCUUUUGGGACGGCUACGAGCUGAAGAGGGGCCACGAACGCGGGAUGAAGCGCAGGCACUCCUUGGACAGUCGCAUCACUGGUGGGCCACGGGUGAUGUCGGGACCUGUGAGCCAUCUGAGUUCGUUGGUGAACAAACCGCAGAUCCCGGGUGAUGGAUCGGUCGAUAUCAUCGACUGUUCCAACAUCGACCAGAAUGUGCAUGCCUUGCGGCACAACUACUUCAUGUUGAACACACAAAUGGUUGAGGACGUUUGCGAUCUCAUAGGGCAUCGGCAAAAGGCGCCAAAUCGCAGCAGGCUGUGCCAGCACAGUGUCAUGGCAUGUCAUGGCACAGCGGUGGACGGUUGGGGCUCUGGAUGGCUCUGGGCUCAAACUUGGGAGCAAGUUUUGGUGGCGUUUAAAGUUCUUUUGUGGAUGUGGGGUGAGAUUUUUGGGGUUCCAGGUUGCCGUGACUUGCCGUGGUUUGCUAGGAUUUAUCAAGUGAAAUGGGAAAAUGCUGGGGGAGCCAUUUUGUUAAGCACCGUGACUGAAGGAAACCCGUGGUAA